AUGAGUAAAGCGGAUAAAAAUUAUGAUUCUGACAAGUCUGAAAGCGAAGAUGAACAGCAAAACGGAAGAGUGAGCAAUAAAGGACGCAAACACGAUGAUAAUGAAGGAUAUACUUGGGAAGGAGAAUAUCAGCGUUCAUGGGAUAUCGUUCAAGAAGAUGCUGAAGGAAGUUUAAUUGGAGUCAUUGCAGGAUUGAUAAAUGCUGGAAAAAGAAAAAGAUUGCUUCGUGACACAACACCUUUGCGAAGAGGAAUCAUUCGUCACAUGGUUUUGGUUUUAGAUCUAAGCUCUGCAAUGGAAGAGCGAGAUUUCCAUCAUAAACGAUUUGAAUUACAAAUUAAAUAUGCAGUUGAGUUUGUCAUGGAAUAUUUCGAACAGAAUCCCAUUUCUCAGCUGUCAAUUAUUGGCGUAAAAGAUGGUAUCGCUCAACGUGUUUCCGAUUUGCAUGGAAAUCCGCAAUCCCACAUCCAAAAAUUAAAGUCGCUUCGCGAUUAUAGUGGAAAUUUUUCUCUUCAAAAUGCUUUGGAAAUGGCCAGAGCGUCUUUAUCCCACAUUGCUUCUCAUGGGACAAGAGAGGUGUUAAUUAUCUUUGGUUCUAUCUUUUCUUCUGAUCCUGGUGAUAUCUUUCGAACAAUUGAUGCUCUUGUUUCCGACCAAAUCCGGGUUCGGAUUGUUGGUCUUGCUGCUGAGGUUGCUAUCUGCCGUGAAAUAUGUGACCGAACUAAUAGCUCUUCUACAAAUGCAUAUGGUGUGGUUUUAAGUGAACAACACUUUCGUGAACUGCUUUUGGAGAGCACAAUUCCCCCAGCAACGGAUUCUUCAAAAACCGCUGACUCCUCCCUAGUAAUGAUGGGGUUUCCUUCAAAAGUAGUUGAGCAAUCUCCAAGUUUAUGUACUUGUCAUUCAUUACCCUCUCGUGGUGGCUUCCAUUGUCCUCGUUGUAAAGCAAAGGUUUGCACUUUGCCCAUAGAAUGUCCCAGUUGUAAACUAGUCUUGAUUCUAUCCACCCAUCUCGCUAGGUCCUAUCAUCAUUUAUUUCCUUUAAAAAACUGGAUAGACUUACCUUGGUCUGCAAAACCUACUUCGUCACAUUGUUUUGCUUGUCAAGUUCCUUUUCCCAAAGCUUCAGAAGCGUCUGACCAGGAGCAGACCGCAUCUUCCAUGCGUUUUGAAUGUCCUUCUUGUAAACUGCAUUUUUGUAUCGAUUGCGAUAUAUUUGCCCAUGAACAAUUACAUGAAUGUUUUGGCUGCCAAUGCUCCGGAAAUUAA